GGUUGACCAUUUUUUGUACUUACAUUCCACAAACAGUGCUCAGUCUUUCGUGUGCAUUCAAGGAGACAUUAUACUUUCAGUCACGCUUUACGGAACCAUUAAAUUCAACAUCUAAGACAUUAUCUGGAACAAGUGACUGAUUGCUCCACGAAAAAACGGGAUUAAGUUGAUAUUUUUCGGACUAUUCGUUUCAACAGAUCAGUUCUCUUCAAAAUGAGUGGCGGAAAACAUUUGGCAAAAGGAUCUACUCCUCCAGUACUGCCCGAUGAUGGUCAGCUGCGACUCUACUCGAUGCGUUUCUGUCCGUAUGCGCAGCGCGUCCAUCUUAUCCUGGAUGCUAAAAAGAUUCCCUAUCAUACCAUCUUUAUCAAUUUGACUGAAAAACCGGAAUGGUACUUCGACAAGAAUCCCCUGGGAAAAGUGCCUGCCCUGGAGGUACCCGGCACGAAUGUAACGUUGUACGAAUCCCUGGUCGUGGCGGACUACAUCGAGGAAGCCUACGCUGAUAAAUCACGCAAACUCUAUCCGGCCGAUCCAUUCAAGAAAGCGCAAGAUCGCAUACUGAUCGAGCGCUUUGCAGGUUCUGUCAUCUCACCCUACUAUAGGAUUCUGUUCUCAACUGAAGGAAUUCCACCGGGCGCAAUUACGGAGUUUGGAACCGGCUUAGACAUUUUUGAAAAAGAACUGCAAUCACGAGGUACUAAAUUCUAUGGGGGCGAUAAGCCUGGCAUGUUGGAUUACAUGAUUUGGCCGUGGUGCGAACGAGUGGACUUGCUGAAAUUUGCCCUAGGGGAUAAGUAUGAGCUUGACAAGGAUCGAUUUGGAAAAUUGUUGCAAUGGCGAGAUUUGAUGGAGAAGGAUGAUGCUGUGAAAAAAUCUUUCAUCUCGACUGCCGAUCACACCAAAUUCUUGCAGAGUCGAAAGACCGGAGAGAAUAACUAUGAUAUCCUUGCGAAUGAUGCAAAGAGGCCACGUAUUGGAUAAUUAAACAGAAAAGUUCAAAAUUGUUUGAGCAAGGGUCUAGAACAACGAUUAACUGAAUAUACUCUAAGCAAAGUGACACAUUUGAAAAAAAAACGAUUAAAAUUCAACAAAACUCAAGAAUAACUUUCGGAAGAAUAAUAUGCAUGUACUGCUCG